AUGACGACUUCGCUGCUCCUGCCGCGCUGGCCGGAGAGCCUUAUGUACGUCUAUGAGGACAGCGCCUCGGAGAGCGGCAGCGGCGGCGGCGGGGGAGGCGGCGGCGCGGGCGGCGCAGGGGGUGGCUGCAGCGGAACGAGCCCCGGCACCCAGAGCAUGGACGGGCUGGGCGGCAGCUGUCCAGCCAGCCACUGCCGCGACCUGCUCCCGCACCCCGUGUUGGGCCGCCCGCCGGCUCCUCUGGGCGCCCCUCAAGGCGCCGUCUACACGGACAUUCCAGCCCCGGAGGCAGCGCGCCAAUGCGCCCCGCCGCCGGCGCCCCCUACCUCGUCCACGCGCCACCUUGGGUUAGGUUACCCAUUCGGCGGCAGCUACUACGGCUGCCGCCUGUCGCACAACGUGAACCUGCAGCAGAAGCCUUGCGCCUACCACCCGGGUGACAAAUACCCGGAGCCGUCGGGCUCCCUGCCUGGUGACGACCUGUCCUCCAGGGCCAAGGAGUUCGCCUUCUACCCCAGCUUUGCCAGCUCCUACCAGGCAAUGCCCGGCUACCUGGACGUGUCGGUGGUGCCCGGGAUCAGCGGGCACCCGGAGCCGCGUCACGACGCGCUCAUCCCUGUCGAAGGCUACCAGCACUGGGCUCUUUCCAAUGGCUGGGACAGUCAGGUGUACUGCUCCAAAGAGCAGUCACAGUCCGCCCACCUCUGGAAGUCUCCCUUCCCAGAUGUGGUUCCCUACAGUGAAGUAAGCAGCUACGGCGCGGGCGCAAGAAAACGCGUGCCCUACACCAAGGUGCAGUUGAAGGAGCUAGAAAAGGAGUACGCAGCCAGCAAUGUCAUCACCAAAGAGAAGCGCCGGCGCAUCUCAGCCACCACGAACCUCUCGGAGCGCCAGGUCACCAUCUGGUUCCAGAACCGGCGGGUGAAGGAGAAGAAGGUGGUCAAAUCUAAAGCGCCUCAUCUCCACUCCACCUGA